AAAAGUUGUUUUGUUUACGUUUUAUCGUGCUGUUUUUUACUAUUCCCUGGAAAAAUCGUGAAAAACUCUGAAAUGUCUUUCAUUGAGUUUCAAAGUGCCUCGGAAAAGGAGAAAAUAAGGCAAGAGCUUCGAUCAGUCAGAGAGAAAUUGCUGGAAAAGGCAGAAUUCAAUGCAAAACGAAGAGAUGAAAUUGCCGCUCAUCGGAAGCUAAACCAGUGGAUGUUGCCGGAAGUCGCUGAGAAAUUAGAAAGGUCAGAAGGCUCGAGCAAACCUAAGAAGCAAAAGAAGAAGCACAAGAAGGAAAAGAAGCUGAAGAAAAGUAAAAAGUCAAAGAAGAAGCGCAAACACAAGUCGUCUGACGAUGACGAUUCUAGUGAUUCUGUGGAGGUGAUCCCAAAGAAAUCCCAUAAGAAACGGUCUUCAUCUUCAUCCAGUAGUUCAGCAACAGAGGACGAAUGGGUGGAGAAAACGCAAUCUGCAGAUGUCGAAGGAAAACCAUCUAUAAGAGAUGAAUGGAUGUCUUCGGGAUUUCUCCUGCCCACAUAUAAGAAGGAGAAUGACUCCCAGAAGAAAGAGAAAAGUACAUAUGAGGCCUAUGAUCCAUCCAAGAGUACUAGAGAGUUGAAUCCUCACUGGAAAGAUGGGGGAUCUGGCCUUCCGAGUACGUUUUUGAGGCCUUCAGAGGACAUAAAUCAAUCGACAAGUUCCUCUUCAUUCUCGGGAACGAGACGACAAAAUUGGAAGAAAAUUCCUCAGACGAAGACUUCCACAGACAGAAGUCCAUCAUCUGGAUCAGAAUCCUCAAGUUCAGAGCCUGAGGAAUCCCAUUCAAAAGACAAGAAGGCGGUGGCGAGUGACUUCCUGAGCGACGUUCAAAUGAAUGAACUGGGAGCGAAAAUGCUCAAAGCAGAGAUUAUGGGAAACGCCCAAUUGGCUGCAGAGUUGAAGGAUAAGCUCGAGAAGGCAAAGCUUUGUCGUGAAAAUGUGAAAGAUCAGGUGAAAUCACAGAGAAUCGCUCCGAGAGCUGAGAACCGAGAAAAAGAGGAGGUUCUCCUGACUGCCACGGACUCGAGAGGAGUCACUCGACCAGUCGCCUUCAAGGAUGAUUCGGAUCUCUGGGGCGGACGCCGUGGGAGCAAGAAGAAGCGUGCGAAAGUUGAAACUCACUCUGCAAGUGGCGAGAGAACGCGCUUCUUCCCCGAUGAUGACCGAAGAAGCCUUAGAGAUAUGUUUGAGGCUGAGAAAUUGAUCAGUGGCAGUGAUUCAGAUGCACAGUUUGCAAAGAUUGCGGGCAAGAAGCGUCGCCAAGGGGAUGAUCUUGAGGACAUCUUCGCCGAAGAGGUUCGCAGAGACAUGGGAGAGGAUGAAAAGAGCGCCAGAGAUCGAGAUCGCGCUAUUAGGGAUCACGAGCGUCUCUCCAAAACACUGGACACUUGCGAGAUGUGUUUCGACUCACCUAAAAUGGCCAAGGAACUGAUCGUGUCGAUGGGAAGCAAAGUCUAUCUCAGCCUUCCGUGGCAUGAGGCUCUCCAGACAGGACACUGCAUCAUCUGUCCUAUCCAGCACGUCUCCUGUUCCACACAGCUUGAUGAGGACGUGUGGCGAGAAGUGCAGGACUUCCAGGGAGCUCUCAUUCGUAUGUUCUCAGCACAGAAGAAGGACUGCGUCUUCUAUGAGAUUGCCAAUAAGCUCCACAGACGUCCGCAUGUUGCCAUUCAUUGUAUUCCGAGCUCUGGCUUUGAGUUGGCGCCGUUCUACUUCAAGAAGGCAAUUCAGGAGUCUGAGAGCGAGUGGGCACAGAAUCGCCAGCUAGUCGAUCUCAAGAAAGAGAACAAGAGCCUGCGGAGGGCCAUUCCCCGAGGACUUCCCUACUUCUGGGUCUCCUUCACGGAGCACGCGGGAUUUGCUCAUGUGAUUGAAGACGAGGAGCGUUUUCCCGCCAAUUUCGCACUGGAAAUUCUGGGAGGUCUCCUGAAUCUCGAUGCCAGGAAGUGGAGAAAGCCGCGCCGGGAGAUGAAUAUAGUGCAGAAGGUGAAGCAGUUUGCGGAUUCGUGGAAAAAGUAUGAUAUCACUGGGUAGGAAAUGUACGGAAAGGUGAAAUAAAGUAAAAU